AUGGCCGAUACUCAAUCUUCAGCCUCCACAUCCACACAAAGAACAAUUGGCAGACCCUUCUACAACGCUUGUGAUCCCUGCCGAAGAAGCAAGAUCAGGUGUGAACCAUCUGAUGAUCAGUCAUCUGCGUGUAAGUCCUGCAUCAAGAAGAGAAUCCAACAUUACUGUGUUUCUACCCCUCACAAGGAGUUCUAUCAGCAAAAUGACCCCCUGUCGAAGAGCAAGCCAGAAGAUACCACUGCAACGCAAGCUCAAGAAGACAUUUACACUGCCGGCACCACCACCUCGGCCACCUCUGCUACUGCUGCUACUGCUACCAGUUAUGCGCCCGGGUCUGAUAUGCCUUCCGUCAUUCCUUACGAUGUAAGGCUAAACGGCUUCUAUUCCAGUGUCAAUGAGGACCUCAACUCUACUAUCAACAAAUAG